AUGCCUAGUCCACCAGAAGCACUGGAAAAAGGCGAAUAUCGCCCUGCAGCCUCAGGAGAUUUACGAUCUCCCUGCCCUGCCCUCAAUUCUCUUGCGAAUCACGGAUUAAUUCCCCGCGACGGUCGAGAUAUCACUGCAGACCAGCUUAAAGAUGCUCUCCAACACAUCGGCGUUGGCGUCGAUAUCCGACAUACCCUAGUGAAGAGAGCAUUUACAGUUCAUGAUGAGACUUCUCAUAUAGGCCUCCGGAACCCGGGACAGGUAAAUGAGUCUGGAAUACCUGUGCUAGAUCUAGAUCAGACUGGUCGCCCUCAUGCUGUGGAGCACGACGUGUCUCUCUCCCGAGAAGACCGUGCUCUGGGUGACUGCAUCAAACCAGAUCCAGACUUGGUUGACAGAUUGGUUCAAUAUCCAGGCAACAAAGGAUCCUUCGCCAUCUCCGACCUCGGUCGGUUCCGGAAGCGCCGACAUGCAGAGCAAAAGGCAAAGAAUUCCGAACUAAAUUUCGACUCAUCAAAACACAAGGUGGCUUGUGGUGAAGUUGCUCUUUUCCAAUCUGUUUUUGGUAAGGGUGUCUUCUACAAAAUACCAAUCAAAUAUGUGAAAGCGAUGUUUCAGGAGGAGCGUUUGCCAUAUAAAGAGGAUGGUGAUAUCACGUUAUGCCUUGCCAACUUGAUUUAA